AUGUCUGACGUCGCUGAAACUAAGCCUGACCCCGCCACCAACGCUCCUGAGGCUCAGAAGCCUGAGGAGACGACAUCUGCCGCCAACACUGAGGAGUCCAAGCCUGCGGAAGAAAAAUCCGUGACCGAGGCUGCGGUUGACACUGUCAAGGAUGCUGCCAGCAAGACAUCUGACAGCGUUUUCUCCAUGUUCGGUGGUGGUCCCAAGAAGGAGAAGAAGGAGGAGGCUGAAGACGCUAAAGAUGAGCCUUCUGGUUCUUCUAAGGCUCAGCAGGGUGAAGAGGAGGAUGAGGCGCCCGAGUCCCCUGAUGUCCACUUCGAGCCCGUUAUUCGCCUGACGGAGAAGAUCGAGACCAAGACCAACGAAGAGCUUGAGGAGCAGGUCUUCAAGAUGCGUGCCAAGCUGUUCCGAUUCGACGCUGAGAGCAAGGAAUGGAAGGAGCGUGGUACUGGUGACGUUAGACUUCUGAAGCACAAGGAGAACCAGAAGACCCGGCUAGUGAUGCGCCGAGACAAGACCCUCAAGGUCUGCGCUAACCACUACGUUGUCCCCGACAUGAAGCUCAAGCCCAAUGUCGGCAGUGACCGCAGCUGGGUUUGGAGUGUAACUGCGGACGUCAGUGAGGGUGAACCUGAGGCUCAGACCCUUGCCAUUCGUUUCGCCAACAGCGAGAAUGCCAACCUCUUCAAGGAAGCCUUCGAGAAGGCCCAGCAGGAGAACGAGAAACUCAUCGGCCAACAAAACAAGGACUCUGGCGUUGAAGGAUUCCCACUGCGAUCGUGGUCGAUUGAGGUCUACCUCCUCAAUGAGCACGGCGAGCAGGUGCCGGCGAACGUCUUCGACAAGGUGACAUACACGUUGCAUCCCAGUUUCGGGGACCGGGCUGUGCAGACUUUCAAGAACCCUCCAUUCAGAAUCUCGGAGGAAGGAUGGGGCGAAUUCGACCUGCAGAUUGGCCUGACUGCCGCCGACAAGGAGCACUUCCUGACGCACGACCUGAAUUUCGCACAGUCGCGCUACGAGUCCAAACAUGUCAUUACAUUCAAGAAUCCCAAGCCAGCGCUGUUGGCUGCACUGCGCGAGUCGGGACCAGUACCCGGUGACGAGAACGGAGUGAAAUCGAAACGCGCCGCAGGAGGCGAGGAGGGAUCGAAAAAGAAGAAGCGGACGGAGAAGAAUGUCGACAUGGACAAAUUGGCGGACGGCCUCCAAAGACUUGGAGAAGACGACCUCCUCCAGGUCGUGCAGAUGGUGCACGACCACAAGGCGCCAGACUCAUAUACCAAGAACGAUGUCGAGCAGGGCGAAUUCCACGUCGACCUAUAUACCCUUCCGGACAACCUGAUCAAGAUGCUGUGGGACUUUACACAAGAGAAAGGGGCUCUGUAG